AUGUCGCGCCAGUCCACGGGCUCCGCUUUCACCAAAUCCAAGACCCUCGACAACAAAUAUAUGCUGGGAGAUGAGAUUGGGAAAGGAGCUUACGGUCGAGUUUACAAAGGUUUGGACCUGGAGAAUGGAGAUUUUGUUGCAAUUAAGCAAGUUUCUUUGGAGAAUAUUGCCCAGGAGGAUCUCAACAUCAUCAUGCAAGAGAUUGAUUUGUUAAAGAAUUUGAACCACAAAAACAUUGUAAAGUAUCUUGGAUCUUUGAAGACAAAGAGUCACCUGCAUAUAGUACUUGAGUAUGUGGAGAACGGCUCACUUGCAAAUAUUAUCAAGCCAAAUAAAUUUGGACCCUUUCCAGAAUCAUUGGUUGCAGUUUAUAUUGCCCAGGUUUUGGAAGGCUUGGUUUACCUACACGAACAAGGUGUUAUCCAUCGUGAUAUUAAGGGUGCAAAUAUAUUGACAACUAAAGAGGGUCUUGUCAAACUUGCUGAUUUUGGCGUUGCAACAAAAUUAACAGAGGCUGAUGUUAAUACUCAUUCUGUUGUUGGAACACCGUACUGGAUGGCACCGGAGGACCACUCUGGUAAGUGA